AUGGCCGAGCAGACCCAAAACCACAAACAACCCACAAGAAGCUAUUGGAGAUGGAGUAGACAAGACUUCUUUCCAGAAGAGUCUUUCCAGAACUUGGCUUCAUACAGAACUGCUCUUUUGCAGACGUGUUUCAGGCUCAAGGACCGCCUUCUGAGCCGAUCCUCCGUUGCAAACGAGGUGUUUCUUCAACAGAGGGAGAGUGAAAACCCCUUGAAAAAGUGCCUCACCUGGUGGGACUUGGCCUGGAUGAGCUUCGGCUCAGUUGUUGGGUCUGGCAUAUUUGUCAUCACUGGGCAGCAAACUCGUGACCAUGCAGGACCCGCCAUUGUAUUAUCAUAUGCGGCUUCGGGUCUCUCUGCAUUGCUUUCCGUGCUUUGUUACACUGAGUUCGCAGUUGAAAUACCCGUUGCAGGAGGGUCUUUCUCUUAUCUUAGAGUAGAAUUAGGCGACUUCGUUGCAUUUCUCGCAGCCGGGAACAUUCUCUUGGAGGCCAUUGUUGGUGCUGCUGGUCUGGCUCGGUCUUGGUCCUCCUACUUUGCCAGUAUGAUCAAUACAAAUGCCGAUUUUUUGCGAAUUCGGGUGAGUCAUUUAGCAGAUGGUUUCAAUCUGUUGGACCCAAUAGCAGCCGGUGUUUUGUUAAUUGCAGACGGUAUAGCCAUGUGCGGGACAAGGGGGACAUCUAUUUUGAACUGGAUCAGUUCUGUGAUAAGUUUUAUGGUAAUAUUGUUUAUUAUUAUAAUUGGGUUCAUUCGUGGCAAGACUUCAAAUUUGGUCCCCUUCUUUCCGUAUGGUGCAAGAGGGAUUUUCAGGGCUGCGGCAGUUGUGUACUGGUCCUAUACCGGUUUCGACAUGGUUGCGACCAUGGCUGAAGAAACCAAGAAUCCCACCAGAGACAUACCACUGGGUUUGGUUGGUUCGAUGACAAUGAUCACUGUUGUUUAUUGCUUGAUGGCCUUGGUCCUUUCCAUGAUGGAAAAAUACAACGAGUUAGAUGUAAAUGCUGCUUACGCGGUUGUGUUUGAAAGACUUGGCAUGAAAUGGGCUAAGUAUAUUGUGAGUAUAUGCGCCCUCAAGGGCAACACGAGCUUGCUAAUUGGAGGCCUUGGGCAAGCUCGAUACAUGACCCAGAUUGCAAGAGCUCAUAUGAUUCCACCCUGGUUUGCCCUUAUUCACCCACGGACCGGAACCCCCAUAAAUGCAACUCUACUGGUGGCCAUACCCAGUGCUACAAUCGCUCUUUUCUCUAGCUUGGAUGUAUUGUCUAGUAUUUUUUCAUUCUGUACACUCUUAAUCUUUUCGUUGAUCGCUGUUGCAUUGCUCGUGAGGCGAUAUUAUGUGAAGGAUACUACUGUGAAGCGUGAUUUGGUCAAAUUUCUGGCUUGUUUAUUUGUUAUUAUUGGAUCAUCGAUUGGAAUAGCAGUGCUUUGGAAUUCAAACAAGACAGGAUGGAUUGGAUAUGCAGUUGCAGCAUUUAUUUGGUUUCUCGGAACUUUGGGGAUGGCGUUGCUUCCGAAGCAGCGAGUUGCAAAUGUCUGGGGUGUUCCACUUGUCCCCUGGCUGCCAUCUCUGUCAGUUGCGAUGAACCUGUUUCUCGUAGGAUCACUGGGUUAUCAGGCAUUCUUGAGGUUCCUCAUUUGCAGUGCAGUAAUGCUAAUUUACUAUCUUUUUAUUGGUCUCCAUGCAACUUAUGAUGUGGCUCGUCAGAAUCAACAAGCAUAA